CUCAUUCACCAUUCAUUCAUAGACGAAGAAAGAAAAUUAAUUCUUGAAUGGGCUGCGAAAAUUUAUGGAUAAAAUAAUGAUUUUUCGUUAAAAUUCUCUGAUAAUAAUUAGAUAAAGGUGCUUUAGUGCUCUCUAAUAUGGUGACCAUAAUUAAAAACCAAUUAUUGAAACAUCUCUCUAGAUACACCAAGAAUCUGUCACCGGAGCAGAUCUCCCUCUCGGCUCUCAGAGGGUCUGGUGAGCUCCAAGACCUGACCCUGGAUGAGGAUCUCCUGACAGACCUCCUGGAACUGCCUGGCUGGGUGCGACUGACUUCUGCCAAGUGUAACAGAGCCUCAUUUAGGAUACAAUGGACCAAGUUGAAGACAGUUCCUAUUGUUUUGAAUCUGGACGAAGUGAGCAUAGCGCUAGAAGUAUGCGAGGAGCCACGGACUGUGAAUGCCAGCGCCGCGUCGGCUAUGCCCAUUCCGGGCAAGUACAGCUACAUACAUAAGGUAAUAGAUGGCAUUUCGGUGGCUGUGAACCAAGUUCAAAUAGACUUCAAAUGUGACGCCUUCACCAGUAGUGUUCAGAUCUCAAGAGUGACAGUGGAGUCCCGCACGCCGGACGGUCGCAAGGGUGACUUAAGACUGACUAGAAUCAAAUCUCCCGAUACUGGCCAACUACUUAUUUUUAAGGAACUGGAAUGGCAAAGUGCUCGUAUAGAGGCGAAGGCUUUGGGAGCUGCUGCCGCGAACCUGCCUCCUCUCAGAUUGUUGCUAGGCAACACGCAUUGCCGGAUCGUUAUCAAAAAACGUCUCGCAGAUUGUGCAGUCCUAGGUUCAAGGUUGGUUCUCCGUCCCGAGCCGUUAGCGUGGGCUUUAACGGACGGUCAGUUGCGGGCGGCGCUGGCUUGUGCGGCGGCUUUGGCCGGCCCGGUACAGAAGGCCACGCAAAUGGCGACCAGGACUAAGGCAGCUCAUAAGAUAGAAGAGCCUCGCGAGCAAAUCCAAAGCAGACCCAACUCGGGUGACAAGGACCUCCUGGCGCGAAUGUUCGCCAAACACGACGUCCGCGAGACCUCGUACCAUCUGCUGGCGCCCAGGAUAGACCUCCACCUGUGCGAUGACCCUGGCUUGGGUCGGUCAGAAAUGCCUCAGCUAGCGAACGGUGGUGCGUUGCAAGUGACACUGGUGAGCAUGCAGGCAGAUCUCUUCCCCUACCACAAGGCUUCCAACGACCGGCGACAUUGGAGGGGGUACAGGGAGGCCGCCACACCACACAGUCAGUGGUUAUCACAAGCUCUGUCCACCUUCUGCACCACACUACUAGAGACCUUAGAUCCCAGACCAUUAACACCGAGUGCCAAGGUAACUACUACGACUACUCAAGGCGAGAGGGCCGACGAGCCAGUGCCCAACGGCGUGAACCACUGCGCCGCCGCGCCCGCGCCGACCAACGCUCCGUCCAACGCCAACACUACUACACUCGCAUCACAAGCAUCUCCUACUAGAACUAAGAUACUCCAACAACUGGGGAAACUGAUGACCACCUGCCUCAUACUUAGGAUAGAUGACUUCACUGUAUAUAAGGUAUCAACAGGGUCAAAGUCCAGGGAAGCACCAAGGCCACUGGUGAGUGCUGAGAAAGCGACCUUACCCGGGGACGCUGGCCUGCUACAUGCUGAGCUGACCUUUUUCUACUACCCCGGAGAUGUAUGUUUUCCAGUGCCAGCGCCCAAACUGUACGUCCAGUUGAGUCCAGUGCGGAUAUCUGUGGACGUGGCCAGUAUACUGUGGCUAGCCGCCUUUCUGCCCCACGUGGGCGCCGCAGCGGUGGACAACGCGCCGCAGGAUAGCACUACCACGUACAUGGACAUACGGACGGAAGCAAUCAUGCCUAAGAUUGUUCUAGAAGCGGGCUCGGAGCACAUCUCGCAACAACGCGACCGGCCGAAGGAGCUCCACAUAUGCACGGCCAGAGCUACCCUCACCAAUGUACGGGAAUCGCCGAGGGCUAAUUCAGCCGGCAGCAGAGCCGACCUAGCGUCCAUAAUAUCAUCCCUCAGACGAUCGGCACCUCCCCGAGGACAGUUCCCGUGCUCCAGUGAAGACAUGGACCCCAUCCACGAGCAGUUCCUGUUGCAUGCCGAUAAUCUGGACGACAUAGAGCGCGGCGCGGACAUCACUCCGGAAAUGCUGUGGCGCGAGAACAGGGCGGUGUGGUGCGCGCGCGUGGAGCCUCUGUGGGCGGACUUCUGCGGUGCGCGCGCCACUAACUACAAGCCGUCGCCACUGUUGGAUGCCACGCCGUUGACUGCGUGGUUAUGUUUCGAGGAAGGCUUCUCCCGCAUAUGGGUGAUAGGGCGCACGUGUGGCUUGAGUGGCGUCCAGCUCAACCACUACCAGCUGCUGUUCCUGCUGCGGCAGAUGGAGCGCAUCAGCGAGCUGACUGCGUGGCUCGCGCACCAGGCCAGCAGACUGCCCGAGGAUGAGCAGGGAGCAAUAGUAGUGGGUCUGGUAGUGCCAGCUGUGGAGAUCACCCUGGUGCUGCCGUCCAACUGUCCAGGACAAGAGUCUUCCAGAGAUCUGGACAGCGUACCGCUUGACUCCUCCAGUCUUAAUGAUUUUAGAUUAGGUUCAGAAGCGACAAUGGCGCCGUCCAUGCUGGACCGCGACAGCGGAGUGCUGGCGACGCAAGCCUCCAUCGAAGUGUGCACAGCUCAACCCCUGGGGGCCGAGGAGAUACCUCCGCCCAGUCCAGGGUUGAAUUUUGGAGGUUUUUCAUCGAUGCGUCGCGGUUUCACAUCGCUAGUGACAUCGAUAGACAGCGCGCUGACGCGGGACGACUGUCGCAGCGACGCCGCGUCCACCGCCAGCUCCGACAGCGACCGCUACGUCGUGGUGGGGCUCGCGGCCGAGUCGCCGGACGAUGCCGACUUCGCCUUUAGAGAAUUCGAGCACGGUCAUCUGUCGAGCGGCGUAGAGGUAGCAGCCGAGGUGGUGGAGCGCUCCUCAUCGCCUAGCGACCACUCCGUCACCAGCUCGUGCAAACGACGAGACGUGAUAUCUACGUGCACAUGGCGCCUCAACAACAUUCACAUACUGCAGCAGAGCGCAAACAACAAGUCGUGUCUGAGGAUAGUCGCCGACGAUCUGAAGACAGACGAGUGUUCCUCCAUACCCUGGGACGAGUUCCAGAUCCGACUCAAGAAUAAGUUCUCGAUGAGAGCGCGCGCGUGGUCCGAGCCUACCACUGAUGAGGAUGAUAUACUGAAGCCGAGAGACACGCCGCGCGUCGCAGCUAGGCUACUGCGGACCGAGUUGCCGAGGUUAUUGAACGAAAAGGGUGAGCCGUAUGGCCUGGCGCCAUACGUGGAACUCCUCGAGGCUCGCAUCAGAGAGUUGAGCAUCGCUCUCAACAUGAGCACCACGCUGGCGCUGUCAGAGUUCAUAGAGGACGAGGUGCUGUUCCCUCCUAUGCCGCUUGAGGUCCUAAUAGAGAACGUCAAACUCCACUUGGUCGAGGACCGUCCAACCAGAUCUAUAUCCUCACCGCCGCCCCAACCGCUGGACCUAGACCUGACCACUCUCCGGUUGACCAGAGACACCUCGGGGGUCAUCCACUUGGGCCCCCCACCGGUCAGCUCCAGGACAGUCUCUCCCAGCAGUCCAGCGCCCCAGCUGCAGGAAGCUAUGGAAGAACUACAGAGGCUUAACGAGGAGAAUGAAGAGUUGAAGAAGAGAUUGGCCACUUUGAGCCGGAUAGCUGAAGAUAAUCGGGAGUUAAGAGCGAAAGUGGAAGAGGCGUCGGUGCUAAGGCAGUGUGCACACGCAGCGCAACACGAGGCGGCAAGUUUACUGGCAGACAAACACGACCUCAUAGAAACCGUGCGGUUACUGCAGGAACAAAUAUCUAACAAUUGCCGCGGAAAGAGAUAGCGAUCACGUGGCGGGGCACAGCGCUGCCUCGACUGUACCGCGUGUUGCGGCGACCAGAAGCCUUAGUGUGUUACAGCCCUAACGAACCGGCCACUUUAUAUCGACCUCCAGUUGCCUGCAGGCACUAUCACAUGAGAGACCCAUCUAUAUUGGAAAUAGUUUGAUGUGGAGUCCACAUUAAUGUGUUUAGAUUACUAGUGAGUUUACCAUUUUAAAUUAACCUCUAGUUGCCUGCAAGUACAAAUAUGUGAGAGGCCCAUUUAUAUUGGAAAUUAUCGACAUUUUUGAUGCAGCGUCCAUACAUGUGUAAAUUAAUGACAAGACAAUCAUUUUUGAUUGAACUCUAGAUGCCUGGAAAUGUUUUGACGUGAGAGGCUUAUUUAUAUUGGGUUAUUUAACCGUUUGUUGCGGCGAUUAUAAUGAUGUAUUUAAAUAACUAAUAAAAUUCAUUGAUCAUUGAUCUCUAGUUGCAUAUGAUGCUUCCAAAAUGGGAGGUCAACGGAUGUUGGACUUUAUUGGAUUGAUGUUACUAUAUUCCGUUGACCUCUAGACAAUUGCAAAGUGUUCUGCGUGCGAAGUCUACUUAUAUUGGACAUUAAGAUACUUAUAUUGGCGUUACUUAAUAAACUACUACCUUUGAUCAACAAUUUAGUAAAUGAUAAUACUUAUAAACAUGUAUAAUAUUUCUUAAUAGGAAAUCUCGAACAAAGUUUCAUACUAACGACUAGUUAUGGACCUUAGGACUAUGGCCAUAAAGUUUAUAUUAAGUCAACAAGUUAUUUCCAUCUGCCUAAUUGACAAAACCUAUUUUGACAAAUAUUUGAAGGUUUGACCAAGACCCUAAUGUUAAGGGGUCAUCAAUGGUCAUGUCAUAGCAAAUCAUUUGCUUCGAACACAAAAUAAGCAUGAUAGUGAAGCUUCCUUGGACGAUGUCUGUAGGAAUUUAUUCUAAAUAGUCGAUUGAAGAUGAUGACCAAUAUUAAACGACUUCUAGUUAUAUGAAUUGGCUUCCAUUAAAGAGGUCCACUUAUAUUGGUGUAUUACUUAAUAAAACGACGACCAAUGAUUAAUGACCUCCAGUUACAAGUAUAGGCUUCCAUAUCACGGAUCUACUUAAAAUUGCUGCUAAUAAUGACUGCUGAUUGUUCUGUAUAUAUGAACAGCUUCCAAAAAAAAUUAAUGAAUUAUUCUUCAAAGCGGAUGCCUACAAGUCUCAAUGGGUCAACGGUAAAGAGGUUGGACUCAACACCAAGAGGUCAUGGGUAAUAUUCCCGCUUGCAGAACGACCCAGAAAUGCCAAAUAUAUUUGUGAAAAUGACAAAUAUAUACUCACAGUUAUCCGCCCACUUUAAUAUACUGGCGUCAUAUUCAAGUGGGCGUAUAAUUGUGCCUUUGAGUAUAUUUGUAAAAAUAUAGGCAAACAAAGUCGCAAGAAUCACCUAGUAUUCAAUAUAUACCCUGCGGCAGGAAACCUUAGGAUUAGGAAACCAAAAUUUUAUAAGUGAUUUGGUGCAAUAUAAAGUUGAGUUCUUGAAUAGCUAAAUGAACAUGUAACUUCAUUUAGAUAGAAACGAAUAACUGAAAUUUGCUAUUUUUACAAUUUUAUUAAAAAUAUUUUAUUUUAUAAUAAUUCUUUUUUAUUUAUUACAUAUGAAAUUAUAAUUUAACAAUUAUGGAUUGAAUAUAUAAUCGAAUGAAUUUUAACAUUAUACCUAUAAUUUUGACAAUAAACAAACAAAUUACUAGAAAACUUAAUUACAGAAACUGUUCUGUUCUGUUUAAAUUUGUUUAUAUUUCAAGUAUAUUUAGUUUAAAACUUGAAAUGUAAACAAAUUUUUAAUAUAAGGACUACUGGUUUCAAAGGCAGGUUCUGCUGUGAAAAACCGAUAAGAAACUCGAUUGACUUAUUUUAAUUAUCUGUAUUUUUCAAGUCUUUAAUAGUACGUCAGACCCAAAUUGAUUAAAAGUUUUGGACCUUAUCAUAUACCAGAUCUAUGUGGUCAAUUUAAUCAAUUAAUUUUAAAAAAUUGCGUAAAUUUUCAAGUUUUUUGUUUUUCGUUAAUUGCUGUUUUAUUUUAAACAUAACUGAGACUACAUUGAAUAAGGUUUGAGUAUAAAAGCUAGAUAUUUUCAUGUUUAAAAAUGGAAUUGAUUUUCUUUAACAGCAUUAUAUACCUACCAUGGUAAACAAAAGGAAUAUAAUCAUAAUAAAUAUAUAAAAUACUAUAAUAUAUCGUACUUAAGAUUGCAUUUAUUGUACCUAAAACUUUUAGCGUCGUAGGUUUUAUCAUAUAAAAUCUUAAUUUGUGAUAUUAGCCUGUUAAAAGUCAUUAGCAGAUUUACUACUAGCUUUAGGGCCAGUUUCACCACCUUCUUGUAUUGGAUAGUAUCCGAACUGUAGGGUUUCAGGUUUGUCACAUUCUUACUUUCUUUCAAAUGUAAAACUUGUGAAUUAUCUAACAGUUCAGAAGGUGGUGAAACCGGCCUUUACAAUAGAAAAAAAAAACAGUGUUGCCAUUUUCAGUUGCAAAAAUUUACCAAAAUAAAUUAUAUUUGUAAUUAUUAUUAGUAUAAACAUCUAAUCUCAAACUAAAAUAGGCUGUGUCAAAGAAUGUAAGUUAACAAAUAUGAUACAAAUUGAAUAUUGUGAAUAUAUGGUAUUUAUUUUUGUAAUGUUCUGUAUAUUUGAUUACUUGGUUUCUAAAUAUAUACUACUUUCUAUAUUUACCCAAUCCUUUUGUGAUAAUGAAUGAUACUGAAUUGUAAGUUAAAAUGUAAAUGGUUAAUAACAAUUUUGCUAAAUCGCAGAUAGUAUUUUUCAUGCUUGGUUGCAGGUGUACAAUUUCAUUUAUUAUUUAUUUCAUAAUUUAGCAAAUCAAGUUUUUUUUUGCGUAGCCAACUAACCAAUGUAAUUUUUAUAUAAAAUGACGGAUUCGUGUAUAAAUAAUAUUUAUGUACGUUGUAGCGGUUUUAAGAACUUAACAUAUGUAUAACAUUUAUCAAAUUUUUAUAUUAAAUGGAAAUUAUUGAUAAUUGCAAAUGUGCCACUUAUUGUUACAUCUUUAUCAUAAAGUGUGAAUGGUCAUCUUGUCAUUGGUGUUAUUUUAUAAGCGCAGGAUCUUGCCACACUUAGCUCUAAGGCGGAAACAUGCAUCGUGCGACCCGGUAAAAGUGUACAAACAACAUUCAUACAAUGUAUGUUCACGCCUCUAAACGUGUCGGCUAAAUAAAAAUAAUUUAUGUAGUACCGUAACAUAUUAAAUGCUUAAUAAAAUUGAACUAAACACCAACUAGAAAUUUUAAUAGCUCGUGUCGACUGAUGAUCACUGCCCAUUCCAUUUUAUUAAUGUAAUUAGAGUAUAAAUUAUCUAUACUCGUAAUAUACAAACAACGUUUUCGUCUAAUACUUUACCAUAUCUUUGCCUGAUAUGUCUAAUUGUGGCAAUGUUCGCUUUUUAUAAAAAAACUGCAUUUUAUAUAUGUAUAAAAAAUUGUGCCUGUAUUACAUAAAAUAGCUUCAUUGUCAUGUGUAAUGUGUGUGAGUUUUAUUCGUAGAAGGUUUAGAACCACAUAUCCAAGUGACUUUUUCGCUCCAUUAAUGUAAGUCUUAAAAUAACAUCAGUGUAUCUCAUAUAUUCGUGUAAAACUAUAGGAUAUUUUUCUCUUUAUUAGAAUGUUUACAAAUACAUAUAUAAAUAGGUUUAAAGGCCGAAUACUUUCAGUAAAUAUAUUAGUACCCUACAUAUCCCGUAACAUAACCAUGUUUAUAUUUUCCGAAACCUAGAAAACGUCGCCCUGAAACUUGCGUAACACUAGGUGCCUAUGAGUCGGCAAUUUAAUAGUUUCGUACUUUGAACCUGUAUUAUAUUUAGCAUAAUAUCAUGUAUACAGAUAUCAACUUUUUUUAUAAUACAAUAUAUUCGAUAGUUAUUUACACUGUAUAUUGAAGUGUAAAGAAUAUGAAAUAAUUCAAUGAGUGCUAUCUUUUAUUUUUAUUCUUUAAAUUAAUCAUUGCUUUACUUUUUCUUAAUGUGGAAGCAGCUAUUCAGAACUGUGAAACUAGUCCGCAAAGAUAUAGAUUUUUAUCAUAAGUAUAUUAUAAUGAUAAUUUUGGCUAAUAUGUUUAUAAUAUUCUAUACACAUUCAUUUAAAUUUUUAUACUAAUAAUAUUUAUAAAAUUUAUCAUUUUACGAGUAGGUAUUAUGAAGGAAGACGAAUGUAUUUUUGUAUUGAAAGAAACUUCCAUAAUAUUCUCAACAUCUCAAACCUUUUACAGUCUCUAAACUAUUGGAUUUCUAAGUGUUGCAUAUAAUAUAACCUUUGUAUUGUAAUGUUAACAACUAAAACAUGCCUACUUUGAAAGUGUUGAACAAUAUAAUAUCUAAGAAAAUGGUUGUUACUAUCUGUUUAGGUAUAAAAAGGAAUUGUUAAAAUUAAAAUUUAAUGUUCUUA